AUUUUCUCACAGUACAGUUGAAACACAACACUGUGUGUAGUUUGACAAUUGAAAAGUAGUAACAGUAGCGGCAGUGCGACUUGGAAAAAGAUGUAAAUUUUCUUAAGGCAUUAAGUUGAGGAAAAUACCUGCAAAUAAGUGUGAAAACAAGUGAAAAGUGUGCCUCGCACUUUGGUUAUCAUCUUUCGAUAGGAAAAUCAUAAAUUUUGUUGCACAAAAACAAAGGAACUCUUGUGUGAAAGAAGUCGACAAAGUCCACAAGAGAAUUUUGGCAAAUUUGCAUUGUACACUUAUUCUGAUUUUACCACACAACCUCAACGAUUCCUCGUCCGCCGUUGUCUUCGUUUAAUUGUAUUGUGUGUUCCCCUAUUUUGCUUUUCCCUUUGAUUCGGAAUUUUAUCGUCUUCAUCAAAGCAACACAGCAUUAGCAGUUGUAAAGAUAUAGGAGGUGAAAAAAGCAUUUGCUUAUAAGAAUUUAAAAGUGUCCAGAAUUGAAAACAAUAAAGAAACAAAAUACCAAAAAAGCGAGCGGAAGAACGGCUGGCGUAAAUAAAAGCUUCAAAAAGAUAGUGAAUCGUGAAAGCAUCUGAAACAAAAGUGGAUUCCAACGAAGUAAAGAGAAAAGGUAAAGGGUAAAGACAAUAGAAAAAAGAACAGUUUGUACGGGGUGUUAGAGACCGCCUGCUCGAGUGCCAAAGUGGAAGGAAAGCAAAAAGAAAGAAGGAGAGCAGAACAGAAAGGGGACAAAAAUAAGACAUAAUUUUGACAGUGAAAGAUUUUGUAAAAGGUCGCGUUGUAGCCAAAGACUCAUCAUCAUAGCACAGCGACGACGAAGUGUGUAAAAGAAAAAGUGCGGUUGCGGGGCGCUGUAAAAUUGAAUUUAAAGCGUAAUUGUGACGAGAAAAUGGAAAUCGAGCCCGACCAAUCGAUAGAGGCAAUGGACACACAAGAGGUCGAAAUAAUCACAAGCGACCUGCAACAUCAGCAACAGCAACAAUUAAAUAAGCUGCAUUUGCCAGCAGAACAGCUGCCCAACGAGAACGGCAACGGUCCGCCGCAGCAAUUACUAGCCGACAACACUUCGCCAUACGCCAACGAACAGGAGAUGACGUCCGUCGACGAUCCCAAGGACGAUCAGUUUCGUUCUGAAGCUACAUUUUCAUAUACGGUGGAAAAUAUAUCGCAGCUCAAGCAACAACAUCUCUCACCACCCGUAUAUGUACGCAUGUUGCCAUGGAAAAUUAUGGUAAUUCCAAAUGAUCGUGCGUUAGGUUUCUUCCUUCAAUGUAAUGGCGAAAACGAAUCACCUACAUGGUCGUGUAACGCCAUCGCUGAAUUACGACUGAAAUGUCACAAACCAGAUGCACCACCAUUUACUCGUGCGCGUAUAAAGCAUCUUUUUUACUCCAAAGAGAACGACUACGGUUAUUCCAACUUUAUUACGUGGACAGAAUUACAGGAGCCCGAAAAGUGUUACGUACACAAUGGCGAUAUCACAUUGGAGGUGCACGUUGUGGCAGAUGCACCGCACGGCGUGCUUUGGGAUUCCAAAAAACAUACUGGUUAUGUGGGACUUAAAAAUCAAGGAGCAACAUGUUAUAUGAAUUCGUUGCUUCAAACACUCUAUUUUACUAAUCAAUUGCGACGUGCUGUUUACAAAAUACCGACAGAGGCCGAUGAUAGUACCAAGUCGGUAGGUUUAUCAUUACAACGCGUUUUUCAUGAUCUGCAAUUCGGCGACCGCCCGGUAGGAACUAAAAAGCUUACCAAGUCAUUUGGUUGGGAAACACUUGACUCGUUUAUGCAACAUGAUGUGCAGGAAUUUUUACGAGUUCUACUCGAUAAAUUAGAAUCAAAAAUGAAAGGUACAUGUUUGGAAGGCACCAUACCGGGUUUAUUUGAGGGUAAAAUGUCUUCGUAUAUAAAAUGCAAGAAUGUUGAUUAUAACAGUACACGUUACGAAACUUUCUACGAUAUACAGUUGAAUAUAAAGGAUAAAAAGAAUAUCUACGAUUCUUUCAAGGAUUAUAUAGCUUCUGAAACACUUGAGGGUGAUAAUAAAUACGAUGCGGGAGUGCAUGGCCUCCAGGAAGCAAGCAAAGGUGUUAUCUUCACGGCUUUUCCGCCCGUGUUGCAUUUGCAUUUAAUGCGUUUCCAAUAUGAUCCCAUAACAGACAGUUCCAUCAAAUAUAAUGAUCGUUUCGAGUUUUACGAUCGUAUAAACUUAGACGAAUAUUUGGCUGAGAAAGAGAAGACACCUGCCGAGUAUGUUUUGCAUGCAGUGCUUGUACAUUCGGGCGACAACCAUGGCGGCCACUAUGUGGUAUUCAUUAAUCCGAAAGCGGACGGAAAAUGGUUCAAAUUCGAUGAUGAUGUCGUCUCCAGUUGUCGUCGGGUUGAAGCCAUUGAACAGAAUUACGGUGGAAACGAUGAUGAAAUAUCGUUCCAUGCUAAGUGCAGCAAUGCAUAUAUGUUAGUCUACAUACGUAAAUCCGAAUUGGAACGCGUACUCAGCGAUAUACCCGAAAAUGAAAUACCCAGUGAAUUAGUGGAACGUCUUGAAUUGGAGAAACGCAUCGAAAUGGCACGUCGUAAGGAGCGCAGCGAGGCAAACUUAUAUGUAUCCAUACAUGUUAUCCUAGAAGAAUACUUUGAGGCGCAGCAAAAGCGGCGACUCUUCGAUUUGGAUAAAGUGCAUCAACGUCUAUUCAAGCUAAAACAAACGCAAACCGUCGAAGAGAUGAUGGACGCGUUCGUGAAGUCAUUUGGCGUGCCCAAAGAUCGAAUGCGCGUCUGGAUUAUGUUUGCGGCACAAUCGCAAAAAUUUCUAUACUUUGAUUUCCAACGAGAGGGAUUGCGUCCAAUUGAGCAAAUCGCUACUGCACAGAAACCGUGGGUGAUCUUCUUAGAGUUGGCAUCACCGCUUGUACCUGGCCGCCCGUUGCCGCCGUUCGAUCCCAAACAAGAAGUGCUGCUAUUCUUUAAGUAUUAUGAUGCAUGUAAUAAGCGCUUAAAUUAUAUUGGCUGCUCACAACAGCCACUUAGUCGGCGUUUAAGCGAAAUUGUCUCGGAAGUGAAUACGCACUUAGGCUUUGAGCCAGACACCGAAUUAACGGUAUUCGAUGAAUGUCACGACAAAAAAAUUACCAAUAUCAAUGAACCACUAGAGAAUGUGCUUUACCUGCAUCAGGAAAAUCUACAGGGCAAUAUAUUAAUAUUCGAAAAAGAGCACAUUGACAUCAAACUAGAUUUGCCUACCGUCGAAGAUUACUUCUUGGAUUUGGUGUAUAGAGUGGAAAUCACAUUCUGUGAUAAAUGCAAUCCCAAUGAACCGGAAAUCGUACUAGAGCUAUCCAACCGCUACAAUUACGAUCAAAUGGCAAAAGCGGUCGCAGAGCGACUCAAUACCGAUCCAAACAAGUUGCAGUUCUUUAUGUGUGUCAGUAGUUACAAAGAGACACCCGGCAAUGCUGUUCCAUACACCUUCAAGGGAACUGUUAAGGAUCUAGUCGCGUACUGCAAGCAGAGCGCAACCAAAAAGCUCUUCUAUCAAAGACUGUCACUAAGCAUCCACGAACUUGACAAUAAGAAACAAUUCAAAUGCAUUUGGGUCUCAAAUGAUCUUAAGGAGGAGAAAGAGCUUGUACUGUAUCCCAAUAAGAACGAGAAUGUCAAAGGUCUAUUGGACGAGGCUGCCAAAAAGAUACAAUUCGCUGAAAAUAGUCGCAAGAAAUUGCGAUUACUUAAAGUGGCAAAUCACAAAAUCGCCGCCAUUUACAAGGAAGAUAUGCCGCUGGAAGCGCUACAAAAGACCAACGAAACGAUGACGGCACAAAGUGCGCAGAAGACUUUCCGCAUUGAGGAAGUGCCUGCCGAAGAUAUGCAGUUGGCCGAGAAUGAGAUACUCGUGCCCGUGGCCCAUUACAGCAAAGAGAUUUACAAUUCCUUUGGUGUGCCAUUCUUGAUUAAAGCGAAACAUAACGAACCAUAUGGUGCGCUAAAACAACGUAUACAGAAGCGUCUGAAUGUGCCCGAUAAAGAGUGGGAGAAUUUCAAGUUUGCCGUCAUCUCAAUGGGGCAUCAGAACGAGGUUAACGACAAUACACCGGUCGAUAUGGAGAUCUAUCGCACUUGGUCUAAUGCACAUUUGCCUUACUUUGGACUAGAUCACAUAAAUAAAUCCAGAAAGCGAACAUCCUUAAAUUUCUCCGAGAAAGCGAUUAAGAUUUACAAUUAAAUUAGAAUGUAAUUGGCGAAAAACAACAAAAACAUAACAAAAGAUGAAACUCAUUGUGGGAUCGAUAAUGUGUGCGUGCAAAUAACAACAAAAACAAAAAAUGUAAUAACCGAGAAAAUGCGAACUGCCGAAUUAGAGGAAAAUAUAUGCAGAGAGAAGCAAGAAAGCUGCGGGUAUUGUAGCAGAAUAAUUUUAAAAUGGGGCUUUAUGGCUAAAAGACGAGUUUAAAUUAUAGCACGAUAAACGAUAAAAACAAAUAGAAAACCAUAACAAAAAAGUUGCUAAUGUAUGUCUUGUUCUUAUGUUUACAUAUGCUGCAUAUACGCCGAAACAACAACAACACACGAACAUACUUACAAAUAGCUGCAACCGUAAUGGCAACAAAACAAACUAUGUGUGCAGCCAACAACAAAGUGAAGCAAACAAGUAACCAUCCGACCGACCGACUACCAAACAACCGAUUUGUCAAUCAGCCAACUAACCAAAAUAAUAAAAACCAACAAGCGAUUGCAACAGCGAGAAGCGUGGAGUGUUUGUGAAUUGUUGUUUGCUUUUAUAGUUUCGAAUGUGUUUAAAAAGAGCUUCGCCUGCAAAAUUUUCAAAAAACCCACAAUCACACACACUCUCACACACAUACAAACAAUACAUUACAUAUGAGUAAUAAAACAAAUGGAAAUACAGAACACACCUUAACAAAACAAAUAAACCGAACUUUAAAAUUAAACUAAAAUAAAAAAUAUUAAAUUAAAAAUGUACUACUUUAAUAUAUAUAUAUAUAUAAAUAUAUAUAUAAAUAUGUAGAUGUAUAUUUAAAAAAAACUUAGGCGUACGAAUGUAAAAGAAAAACUAAAAUUUACGCAAAAAAAAUUGUUAUGCGAGUAGCACCUAAGCAAUCGACGACGGGGCUGGUGACGUUGGCUGCGACGUUUACUGGCUGAUUGGAAUCGACGUAGAACGUACGUUAUUGGAGAAGCGCAUUAUAGUUUGCAUUUUGUUUGACGAUUAUUCUGGCGCUCUAUUCGCACAUAUAAAUUGUAGAAGUUAGUUAGGUGCAUUUCAGGAGCCACAACUGUCUCUGUAUACCUCUACCUGAUUUCAUUUAGCAAAUCAAAGCAAUUUUACACUACCGCAGCAUUAUCCUUGAGUAUCGCAACGCAUGCGGAGUCGCUAUAUAAAUGUAGGCAGCAGCAGCAGCAACAAAAACAUCAACAUGGAAACGCAUUGAAUGCAAGUAGAAUAAUUUGAAAUAUACAUACAUAUACAUAAACACACACUUAUAUAUAUAUUAUAUUAAAGAGAAAUAAUAGAGAUAUACAUAAAUUGAAUCUAACAAAACAAAAUGAAACGAUAAUGAUUUUUAGAUAACCUAUUUAGUACAUCAGUGAAAACCCCAAUACAUACAUACGUCAAAAAAAAAUCGCACACACAUUACUUUUGCGUCAAAAGGAUUUUACCAACUUCCAUGUCACACAUAAUCUUAAAGAUUUCUGCUCAUGCGUACUGAUAAACAGAUUUCUUUAUUCCACUAACACCAACACAUCCAUAUGAGAAUGCUGCACAGUGAUUAUGCGUAUGAUUAAUUGUUAGUGGUGGGGAGCUAUUCGUACUUCUAUUUGAUAUUGUGAGCUAAAGCCUUUUUUUUAAGUUCUGGGGCGGUUGUGUAUAUAAUUGUAAGCAAAGCUAUUUGUAUGCACCGAGUAUUCCGUUGAUUAUUGUUAAUUUUUUUUAUUAAUACAUAUGUGUAAUCAAAACUAA